GUUAUUCGCAUUCGCAUGAUAUGCAGGAAUUACGCGAUGGGCUAAUAACGCACGAUGAUAUUUAUACGAUCGUUUAUAAUAUGAUAAAAACAUCUGCUUACUUCGAUAAGGAUGAGACAUAUUCUUUGGAAAUGUGGUAUAAUAAAAUAAUUAGUAUGGAUGGG